GUCAGCGAUAUUGGAAAAGGAGUAUCUCUGGGUAAGCUCCACCUGGCCUCUUAAGAUGGGCUGUAUUGAGAAGAGUGCGGAGGCCCACAAAGGAGCUGUGUUAGCCAGGAGAUGGAACUACGACGGGACCGCUCUCAUCACAGCUGGGGAGGACGGGCAUGUCAAGAUCUGGUCUAAGAGUGGCCUGCUGAGGUCCACCUUGGCCAGCCCGGACUCUGAUAGGAUCCUGUACACGUCAGGCAGACUGCUGAUAAUCAGGCCCCUGCAACCCAGCGCCAAGGUCCAACAGUGGAAGUCCCAUGAUGGGACCAUUCUGAAGGCGGACUGGAACUCUGUGAAUGACCUGAUACUGUCAAGUGGAGAAGACUGUAAAUACAAGGUGUGGGACAGCUAUGGUCGUCUGCUCUACACGUCCUUGUCUUCAUGACUACCCUGUGACCUCCAUGUCCUGGUCUCCGGAUGGGGAGGUGUUCGCAGUGGACUCCUUCAACAGCCUGCAUCUCUGUGACAAGCCCGGGUAGGGAGGCCUUCGGGAGGGGAGACCUGGGAGAUGGGGGACAUGCCACCCUGCCGAUUAGCGUGCUGUGAGGAGAAGCAGGCCUGUCUGCAGCGUACUACACGGGAGGAAGCUGACCAAGGAAAUCCUCUGCUUUGACCGUGGCCACCGGCCACUCUGGGAGAGAGAGAGAGUGCCCCAACCUGCUGGUUGAGACAGUAUACAAAGCCACACCUCAGCACAUGAAACCAACACAGACCUUAUUUGUGCAGUGCAGCACUUGGCGUCCCGUCCAGUCUCUAACAGGCAGCGUUAGGGUAAUGUUAGUGUUAGAAGUUUCUCCCUCUGCAAGCAGCCUCAGCCCUGCCAGCCACCUGCACACAGGAAAAAGCUGAGGCAUAGAGGUCAGGGGUCACAGACUAGACCAGAGGAGAGGGGUGGACAGAAAAAAGGGAUGGCUGGUAAAGCUGGUGAGCCCUGCCAGCCACCUGCACAAUGGAAGGGGCUGAGGCAGAGGGAUCAGGGGUUAAAGAUCACCACGGGAAGGUCAUCGCUGUCUUUGGGUGCACAUGGAGGAAUGUCCCUAAUUUAGACUGUGGACAAAGACAGGAGAGAGGGAAGGGGUGAAAGGAGUUAGGGAGGAGUAAAGAAGAGACAGAGGGGGGCUAGAUAGGGGUACAGAGACAGGGUAGUGAGGGGUAAAGAGAGAGACGGUGGAGAAUGAGAGACAUAGUUGAGAAAGAAGGGUAAAGAGCGACGGACGAGACUGAGUGGGGAAGCAGGAAAGUUCCCUUUCACACUACAGUCCUGGUUCUUGUGUAGCAAGCUGUUUAAGUUUGGCAUUGCUAAUCUGACCUCCAUAAAUCAACCCCCAAAUAUCAUCCAUCAACACUGAGAUCUCUCUCUCACACGCACCCUAACAGGUUGAAAAAACACAACUGUAAGCUCAAACUAUCUCAACUCAAUCAUAAGCCCUCUGACAGGCUGGAUUUCUAAACCAGAAGCCAAAUAACAGAAUAGGCUUUGUGUGAUACUCUGCAGAACGCUAAGAGAGAGGAGAGAGAGAGCAGUGAGAGAAGAAAAGAGUGCGAAGGAAUAUAUUGGAGGGGGGGGGGGGGGGGGUGUUCUAGUGGCCUUAGUGAGUAACUGUUGUCUUGGUGGUGUGGUGUGUUCCAAACGGCAGGCUGGGGAGUUGGUAGGAGCUGCAGCCUCUUCUCAGCUGCCUCGAUGGGUGUCACUGACUCACACCAGUACACCAAAAUAACUCCACUACACCCCCGACACACACACACGCACACAAGUAAAAUAUAACUUUUGAAAGAAAGGAAAAGGUUUGGGUAAUCACUCUUUGGCUCUUGAUUGUGUGCUCAUGCACCCCCACCCACACCCCACCCCACCCCCAUAACUCUGGCUAGUUGUAAUAGAUGAGGAUAGCAGAGUGCAUGUUUACGAGCGCGAGUGCUGGACUUGGCAGGCCUGAACGCUCCUUCAGUGUCUCACAGUUCAUCACAGCUCAGUGUCUGGGCCCUGACUCAACCCGUGUCUCUUACACACAGUUUACAUGGGGGGGGGGGCUGUCAUGCACCCAACCAAACCCCCCACUACCCCCAUAAUGCACCUAUCCCUGUUCACCCCCACCCCUCACUCUAUCCCUAACCGCCCUGGCUUACUGUACCCCUUAUAGCCCUUUGUCGCUGCACAGUAUCUGUCUUAUUGUUUGAAAUUGUGCAUUGAUUAAGUACAGUACUACCAAAUACUAAAUUUUUGCCAUUUACUCAACAAUCUCUCUCUGUCUCUCUCUAACUUCCUCUUUCCUUCUCUGUCUCUCUGUCUGUCUGUCUCUCUCUUUCUUUGUCAGUCUCUCUUUCUU